AGAAAAGGAAGAAAAAGUACCUAGUACAAGAAGAAAAAGAGAAGAAGAAGAGUUUAAUGAAGAAUCUGAAUAUAAAGAGAGUGAAGCAAAGGAAUCAGCAAGAGAAGAAGACAAAGAAGCAAAGCAAAAAAGAAUCAAUAUAGUCUAG